AUGCAGACUGCUUCUACAAACAUUUGUGAAAGAGUGGGUCGCUUUCAGGAGCUCAGUGAAUUCAAGCGUGGUACCGUGAUAGGUUGCCACCUGUGCAAUAAGUCCAUCCGUGAAAUUUCCUUACUACUAAAUAUUCUUCAGUCAGCUGUUAGUGGUAUUAUAACAAAGUGGAAGCAACUGGAAACAACAGCAAUUCAGCUAUGAAGUGAGCGGGGUCAGCAUAUGCUGCAGUGCACAGUGCACCGAAGUCACCAACUAUCUGCAGAGUCAAAAGCUAAAGACCUCCAAACUUUGUGUGGCCUUCAGAUUAGAACAUCAACAGUGUGUAGAGAGCUUCAUGGAAUGGUUUCCAUGGC